CUGUGUUCUGCCCGAAAAUAAUUAAACUUCAACCGGCUCUCUCUUCUCCACUUCACCUCCCAUGGCAGCCAUUCACCAAGGAAAUCGAAGCAUCACUGACUCGGCCACCCUACUUACCGAGGAGCACCAGAAACUCCAGGAGGGUGAAAGUUUGCCAUUCAUUUCUUUACGGAGAAAAUGGGGAGUAAGAAGAAGGUAAAGGAUGAUGAAAGGAUGGAGAGGACGAUUCGGGGUCUUCUCAAACUCCCAGAGAACAAAAGAUGCAUCAACUGCAAUAUUUUGGGUCCCCAAUAUGUUUGUACCACUUUCUUGACUUUUGUUUGCACCAACUGCAGUGGAAUGCAUCGGGAAUUCACUCAUCGAGUCAAAUCAAUAUCAUUGGGCAAAUUUAGUGAAGAAGAAGUGACUUCUCUUCAAGCAGCAGGAAAUGAGCGGGCAAGACAAAUUUACUUCAAAGCAUGGGAUCCUGUAGUUCAUUCUUUUCCUGAUGGCAGUAAUCUUCCAAAGCUCCGAGAUUUCAUCAGGCAAGUCUAUGUGGAAAGGAGAUACGCUGGUGAGAGUGAGAGGGGUGACAGUCUUCCGAGUUUACGCAGGGCGAAUUCUUCUGAAAGCAGGAAAGGGAGUGUGUUUAGUGGUAGAUCCAGAGGUCCACUUCAUGAAGAUAAACGGGAAUGGAGUUCAAAUGAAGGGUUUAGUCCUCACGGAAGAGGUGCUGUUAGAGUUUUCUAUAAGGAGGGAAGAAGUCCUCGAUAUCCUGAAGAAAAUUCAAGAUUUGGAUGUGGCCGUAGAAAUUCUAUGCGCAUCGAGAUUGUUGACAACAGGCUCAGACCUGAGGAUACUAGAAGUGUCGGGAAACAAGGUAAGCCGGACUUUUCACAUAGAGAACCUGUGAGACGAAGCCAGUCAUUUAACCUAGAAUUAGAGAGGUCUGGUUCUCCAGUGGAGCAGCCAGUUAGAGAUAACUUGGGGGAGACUGCUUCUGCCAUUCAGGUGGGUGAACAUUCAAAUGAAAAUGCAGGAAGGGAUCCUGGUGGUUCUGCUGAAAACCAGAAGAAUGCAUCACCUGGUUUUGUGGAAAGUUUGAUCGAUUUCAGUAUGGAUUCUGAGCCGUCCAAUGAGUUGGCUGCACCGAAUUUGCAAGUGCCUCCAUCAAAUGAUGGUGGUAGACAGUCCUCAGAUGACUUCUCUUCAAAGGGAAAAGCACCUCCUGCCUCUAAGCCAAAUUAUUUGGAGGCUUUGCUCUUUAAUCUGUCAGACUUAUCUGUGGUACCUGUUGAUAAUGUCUCUGCAGCACCAGAUACCACAAGUACUCCAUCAACUGCACCCGGACAGAACAUUUCAUUAGAUGGUUUUUCUACAGCAACAUCUGCACCACAAUUUUUGGCAUUGACAAGUAAGGAUGAUUCUUCAACAGUUCCACAGGUUGUAAAUAUCCAACAAUGCUCUUUCAAUCCAGGCUUUCAAGCAACAACUGAUGUUAAUGGUGACUACAAGGUCAAAGCUUCUGAGGGGAAUAGCUUUCCCAACACGAAACAAGAUCAGCUUUCUCUGUUCUCUGCUUCUGAUAAUAACUUUUCUACACAUCCAUAUACUCAAGCAGUUGAAGAAUUAAAUAGCCAGCAUGGUACUUCAUUCCUGAUGCAUAAUUCUCAACAAUUGACCAAUGUAUCUACUCCACAGUCAUCUCAAGCCACCUCAACAUCUGCUAUAGUAACAACAUAUGGAGUUGGAGUGCAGCCUCCAGCAGAAACAAAAUCUAACGAAAGAAAGGAACUUCCACAGGAUCUCUUUACAGCAAGCUAUGGAUUAGCCCCUGCAGCAUUUCCGAGUUGGCAAAAUGCCCUACCAUAUGGAAUGGGAUAUGGCUUGCAAUAUUAUCCUAAUGCAAUGCAUGCGGCAGCAUUCCCAAAUACUGUAAAGACAAAUCCAUUUGAUAGCGAUACGACUCCAGCAAAAGUCCCAGAAUUUCCUUCAAUGGAAUCUUAUCUAGGAGCCCUCCCUAGCGUCCAAGGUCCGACUGCCAUGUCUCAUGCAUCCGGUUUGAACACCUAUUCUUCAGGAACGGUGUAUCAUUCAUCAUAUACUGCAUCAUCUCCAAUGACUAUAGGGUCACCUUUCAUAUCAGCUAUGCCUUCUUCAGCAUGCAUGGGAGAUCAAUCACACAUUCCUUUGCAACAUUCGAGGCUACAAGGAAACAGUGGCUUUGAUGGUAGUAACUUUAUAUUGAGCACCUCGAGUAUAGAUCAGAGACCUACGAGUGAACUUUCGGCACCUCCGAACUCCUUUCGUACAAGAAAUCCAUUCGGAUAAAGGAAUAAGUUGAUGCUCCAAAAUUCCAAUGCAGAAUCAAAGAUAAUCCGAACAAAGCUUGAAAUCGACAUUUCGGGACCAAUACAUUAGUAGAAUCCUCUCAGCAAAAUUUAUCAUUGUCCUUACUUUUCUUCUUCUUUCCUGCUUGUUUUGAUUCCCCUCCUUUAUCCUUCUCUUUAGGUGAGUUGUGCAUUUUUUUAUCUUCUGUAAUGUAAUCUCCAUUCUGUAUACAUAAACAUUACAAUUCCUGCAAUCCAGUAAGGAAAUUCUGCAUCU